GAGCACUGUCCACCCAUCCUUGUGACUUUGUAGAAAAAGGAAAGUCUUACGCGAAGGCAGUAGGAUAACUGAGUCCCCUGUGUUCUGCACCUGUGCAACAUGUAUAAAAUUGGCUCCUGUCUAAUUGGUCGCCAUGCAGCUCUCAUGGGACAGUAUUGCUGUUCACCUGGUGUGGCCAAAUUUCACCUGGGAAGUGGUGCGGUAUAUCAGAAAUCAGCCUUCAAGCACCACACUGGAGACCCAGAGAUGCCUCCAUGCAAUUUCAAACCAGAAGAAUUCAAGGGUAUGUCAAAAGAAAAAAUGAUGGAAGUCCGCAAGCAGAAAUGCAACCCUGUGACCAUGAAGAUUACCUACUAUAAGAGACCAGUGUUCAUCCACCAGGGAUACAUGCAGUGGUUGUGGGAUGUGGAUGGCCGACGAUAUCUGGACCUCUUUGGCGGUGUGGCUACUGUCAGUGUGGGCCACUGUCACCCAAAAAUAACAGCAGCAGCAGUGAAGCAGUUGAAGACACUGUGGCAUACUACAAACAUCUAUGUCCAUCCUUCUCUCCAAGAGUAUUGUGAGAAGCUAACCUCUUACUUACCAGAUCCUCUUAAGGUGGUAUAUCUGACCAACAGUGGCUCAGAAGCCAAUGACCUGGCUAUGUUGAUGGCACGACUUCACACGGGCAACUUUGACAUCCUGACUUUUAGAGGGGCAUACCAUGGAGGGAGCCAACACACCAUGGGUCUUACCUCCAACUCGCCAUAUAAAUACCCCAUCGCCAAUGGUUCAGGCUGCACACAUAUUAUGUGUCCUGAUGUGUUCAGAGGUCUGUGGGGAGGAAGCCACUGCAGGGACUCUCCUGUGCAGACCAUCAGAGAAUGUAGCUGUGCACCAGGUCAGUGCAUGGCAAAUGAUCAAUACAUUGAACAGCUCAAAGAGACAUUCGCUACUAGUGUCCCCAGUCAAAUUGCAGCUUUCUUUGGAGAACCUAUUCAGGGAAUGGGAGGAGCUGUGCAGUACCCUAAAAACUACUUUAAGGAGGCUUUCAAACUUGUGAGAGAGAGAGGAGGCAUCUGCAUUGCUGAUGAGGUCCAGACUGCAUUUGGACGAACAGGAACCCACUUUUGGGGUUUCCAGGGUAAUGAAGUCGUUCCAGAUAUGGUUACAAUGGCAAAGGGAAUUGGUAACGGAUUCCCAAUGGGAGCCGUAGUUACAACGCCAGAAAUUGCUGCCUCUUUUGGUAAGGCCUUCCACUUCAACACCUUUGGAGGAAAUCCUGUGGCUUGUGCCAUUGCUUCAUCAGUGCUUGAUACUAUUGAAGAAGACGGCAUACAGCAAAACUGUCACACUGUGGGCACCUAUAUGAUGACAGGACUGGCAAAACUCCGAGACAAGUAUGAGAUUAUCGGCGACGUCCGAGGAAAAGGCCUGCAUAUCGGAGUGGAGAUGGUCAAAGACAAGGCCAGCAGAGCGCCGCUGUUUCCUGAGGCAAUGCGUGAGAUCUUGGAGGACGUGAAGGACAUGGGAGUCCUGAUAGGGAAAGGAGGAGUCUACGGACAGACCUUCCGCAUCCAACCCCCCAUGUGUAUCACAAAGGAGGAUGUAAAUUUCUUCCUGGCAGUUUUCGACAAGGCCGUCCACAGCUACAUGAAUAGAAAGUGAAGACCAACCCUGCAAACCCAAACAAUUUCUAAUCAUAACUCCUCUUGUCGAACUGAACUUUUAACGCUCCACUAAUCUGCAUGUUGUAAUUAUGAGAACUCUCAUGCUGCUCCUUCAGAGCCUUUGUUUUCUUCUUAAUGAAGACUCAUCUAUUGAAUGCACCAAACAAGAGGAAAAAAUGCAUGUGUGUGUCUUUAUUACUAACUUGGGGUUCAUUUUGCUCUGUUCAUCUACUCAGUCUACACUGUUAUCACUGUUUCACAGAUGGUGUAUGAAAGAGUCAGUGACCUCUGAAUGGAAUAAUUGUCUCAUGUUUGAAACAACCUAAUCGUCUGUUCUUUUACAUUAUUUGCUUAACCAUGCCUCACUAAUAAAGCAGAAUACAACUGCA